AAAUAUUCUAUAUAUAUAUAUAUAUAUUUAUAUAUAUACUUUUUGGAUUGUUAAUGGUCAUCGUGUCUUUUAAAUGUGCGUGUGUGCAUGCGUGAACAGUUGUGACUGUUUUACUUUUUGAAUCAUCGAAUUUUUGCCUUUAGUUAUGAAGUUUUUCAUAAUAUUAACGUUUAGCUUGAGUGUCAUUUUAUUUCAAGCUGCACACAGUAUUACCUUACAUGAUAUAGAUGUUCCGCACAUGGUGGUCAUAGGUGAUGAUGAUGAGAGUGACGAUGUCAUUAACUUGGAUUGUGAAUACGAGCUAGAAGAUAAUCCCACAUAUCUGGUUGUUAAAUGGUUUAUGAAUAACAAUGCCAUAUAUCAAUGGAUUAGGGGGCAAAAACCGUCAGUCGUUCCAUGGUUCCGCGAUCAUGUGGGCGAAAUUGUGGAAACGUCUACGGAGCCAAAUCACCAAUAUCGAGGCCUUACACUAAUAAACCCUUCGAUUGAACUGGACGGUGUUUACAAAUGCUUGGUGCAAACUGAGAACGAUUCGAAAUUUAAGGAGGAAGAGUUAAAUAUUGUUGAUGUUAGCAACUUUACCAUCCAUUUUGAUCAUGUUCAAGUGCAAAAUGAAACGCAUCUGGAAUGCAGUGUUCAUAAUAUUUAUCCUGAACCCAUUAUAUCGUUCGACCCUGAUGAUGAAGUGUUAAUACAUACGACGCCAAUAAAUGUUACUAAAUUAGAUAACGGCUAUUAUGAUGCAAUUGCGGGAGCAGUCGUUCAAAACAUCGAUGAAGAUGAAGAUAAGUUCGUGUGCAGUAUAAAAUUUGAUGGCUUGCCGUACAAUAUAAACGUUGAUGUUGUUUCUUCGGCAGAUGCGCUAAUCUCUUUCGAAUCGUUUUCUCUCCUUUUGAUAUCAUCUCUGGCGAGGAUAAUGUUUUGAAAGGUUUUUAAAGAACACUUCUUUUCCUUUUGCUUUGUUCUCUUCUCUCUUAAAUUUUAAAUCUCAACUAUUUUCGUUGUAUAUAAAUUUCGAUUUUCAUAUGUAUGUACAUAUAUAUGUGGAUAUAAUGUGUAUAAUGUGUUUAUAACCGUAACUAAAAGUAAUAUUGUUUUUGUAAAUUAACCAAAAAUUAAUCAAAAAUUAGUCAAAGUACUUAUAAGUAAAUAAUUAAGAAAAUUGAAUUUAUUUAAAGCGAAUGUUGGAAAUGUCCACCGCAAUCAUCUAAAGUCAUGACUUGUAAGACGCCGCUUAUUUAACUUUCCUUUAGAAUCCAUAAGUAAUCAACGAAGACGUACCGAAACGAUCACUUUUUUCCCGUAUGCUACUUCCUUUCUUUUUUGUGUCAUUUUGACUAUUGUGGGCGUGUUUGUUGCUGUGAUAUUCAAGUGGUACUUGUAGCACUCUACUCUAUUUUGAAUAGUUAGUUGAUUAUCAGACCAAUAAUAAUAAAUACGGACAGUUGGAUGAAUGAACGAACGUAUGGUCAUGGAAAGGUAUAAGAGCAACACGAUCAGAAAUGUCGUCAAAAACGCAGGUGGAUAAAUGAACGACGAACUUUUCUCGAGAUGAGAGGAAAAGGGUAGAGAAAGGAACAGACAAAUGCAUGGACGACAGUGACAGGCACAGAUGAGCAAUGGGAAGGAUGCAUAGAUGAGGAAAUAAAUGGGGCCCAAUAUAUAAGAUCGAAAUGUGGACAUUUUCACAGAUGAAUGUAUAAAUUGCGAUAUUAAUCUAUGAAAAGUUCAUAAAUAAAACCACAAGCGGGUAUAAGGUGAACAGGUGACUAAUGUCAUGGAUAACUAGAAAAAUGGAAAAGUAUUCCUCAUGCUGGGGGUGGUGAAUAGAUGAACAUCUAUAUGGCUGAGUGGAAAAGGAAAAGCAUAGACAAGUAAAUAGGUGAAUAGACAAACGGAAGGAUAGACAGAAAAGAUAACAUGACCUUGCAAUCAUAAUUGUAAUAGAUUGUCGACAUGUACAUCGCUAUGAGGCGCACUGCUAGUACCGAUAAGACCAGUACAGCACCUAAAGUGGUGGCUGUAAUAACAUACUUUAGUUUAU